AUGGCCCCUCGAUCCACCACUUUCAACGUCCUAGCGGCGUUUGUCGCCCUCGCUGGCCUCGUCAGCGCCCAAGGACCAACGGGCACCUUCCCCCCAGUUCCCCUGGCAUCCAAAACCUUCACGCACGACAACAUCCCUUACAAAGUCGAUACCGACGAAGGCCUCAUCCGAGGAACCCAGCUCGGCUACAACAUCUGCAACUCGACCACCGAAAACCAGGAAUCCCUCUGCCAAACCUCUUACUUCAACUCUCUCGAUGAUUUCUGCUUGUGGGCCCCGUCGGAACCUAAUAGUGUCGUCGCCGAUACGGAGGGCGAGAUGGUUGCGUGGUGCAGCAAGCCUGGGCAUGGUACCCGUCUCAUCCCUGAGGGUGCUUUGACUGGCGUCCAGUUCAUCCGUACCCCUGACUACAUCUCCGUCGUUGGCUUCAUUGACCAGACCAAGAUCAACAUUGGCAAGGAGGAUUGGGGAGGAGAGAUGGACCCUCACGGUGCUGAUCUCCGCGGUAACCCCAUGGGUGGUAUCAUGUUCUCCAACGCCUUCACCGGCCAAUACGAACAAGUCAUCGAAUGGCACAACUUCAUGGGCGGCAACGCCUUCUGCCUCAAAGCCUGCGACCCCGCAGGCCCCAACGCCGCCCACUUCUGCGAGCACAUCUUCGACCGCAUCGGGUGUGCCUACAACGUCCCCAACGCCGCCCAAGACGGCGUCUUCGAAUCCUGCCUCGGCGAGAACCAAGACUUCCCCGGCGUCUACACCGACGAGUCGGGUGCCGUCCAGACUUACACCCAGCCCCCCGAAGAGUUGGGCGCGAUCACGUCGAUUCCGUAUACGGCGAGGGUACCGGCGAGCAGUUCGUGCACCCAGUUUGAGAGUACGGCGUUGUUCACGGGGUUGCCGAAGCCUACUGGUGCGGAUGCGGAUGCUUCGACUGGUGCGAGUGGCAGUGGGAAGAUGACCAGUGUGAGGCCUACGGGUUCGAGGAGUGGUAGUGCGGCUGGUGCGGAGGCUACGGGUGAUGAUGCUGGUAGUGCAGUGGCGGUUGGUGCGUCGGUUGUGUCGGUGUUGGUUGGUGCUAUUGCUGGUGCGGUUUUCUUGCUCUAAGCGUUCGGUCUCUUUCUUUUUGAACGUAGACGACUUUUGAUUUUUGGUGAUGCAUUGCUACCGAUUUUUUGGACUUUUUUUUAUACCUCGAGAUUGGGAGAACGCGUACAGACGAACCUUAUCCUUUUCUACCUACAUCUACACCUACCUACCCUACCUACCCACCACCUACCCUACCAACCCACCACCUACCCUACCAACCCACCACCUACCCUACCAACCCACCACCUACCCUACCCACCUUGCUUGCUGCAUAUCCCUUGUUCUACCUUUUGUUAAUCCGUCGUUGCUUUUAGCGUACUCAUUAUUUGGGAGUGCUGCAUUCUAACUCUUGGACUAAUCUAGACGAUUUAUUGAUAUUCAUGAUUUUAUUGGU